CAAUGGGCCACCAAACCGAGACGACCCAGUUCAACCUCGUCGGAUUCUCCAACUUCGUCCGCUCCAACCCCCGCUCCGACCGGUUCGCCGUCACCCGCUUCCACCACAUCGAGUUCUGGUGCACCGACGCCACCAACACCGCCCUCCGCUUCUCCUGGGGCCUCGGCAUGCCCUUGGUCGCCAAGUCUGACCUCUCCACCGGCAACCACUCCCACGCCUCCUACCUCCUCCGCUCCGCCGACCUCUCCUUCCUCUUCUCCGCCCCUUACUCCCCUUCUCUCUCUGGGCCCACCUCCUCCGCCUCCAUCCCCAGCUUCGACCACUCCGCCUCCCGCGCCUUCUCCGCCAAACACGGCCUCGCCGUCCGCGCCGUCGCCAUCCAAGUCGCCGACGCCGACCUCGCCUUCCACGCCAGCGUCUCCCACGGCGCCAAGCCCGCGUCACCGCCGAUCCUCCUCGACAACCGCGUCACCAUCGCCGAGGUCCAUCUCUACGGCGACGUCGUUCUCCGCUACGUCAGCUACAAAGACCCGGCCCAGAGAUCCGACCCGAACCCGGACCUUUGGUUCCUCCCCGGUUUUGAGCCGGUGCCGUCGUCCUUCCCGCUCGACUUCGGCCUCCGCCGCCUCGACCACGCCGUCGGCAACGUCCCCGACCUCGCCGCCGCCGUGGAGUACGUGAAAGGCUUCACCGGCUUCCACGAGUUCGCCGAGUUCACGGCGGAGGACGUCGGGACUAGCGAGAGCGGGCUCAACUCCGUUGUCCUGGCCUCGAACGACGAGACGGUGCUGCUUCCGAUGAACGAGCCGGUGUACGGCACCAAGAGGAAGAGCCAGAUUCAGACGUACCUGGAGCACAACGAAGGCGCCGGAGUCCAGCACCUGGCUCUGGUCAGCGAAGACAUUUUCCGAACUCUAAGGGAGAUGAGGCAGCGGAGCGGAAUCGGAGGAUUCGAUUUCAUGCCGUCGCCGCCGCCGACGUAUUACCGGAAUUUGAAGAAGAGGGCCGGCGAUGUGUUGACGGAUGAGCAGAUCAAGGAAUGUGAGGAGUUGGGGAUUUUGGUUGAUAGGGAUGACCAGGGUACUCUGCUUCAGAUUUUCACUAAGCCUGUGGGAGAUAGGCCGACGAUAUUCAUAGAGAUCAUACAGAGAGUCGGGUGCAUGCUUAAGAAUGAGGAAGGGAAGGAAUACCAGAAGGGUGGAUGUGGUGGGUUCGGGAAGGGUAACUUCUCGGCGCUCUUCAAGUCGAUUGAAGAAUAUGAGAAGACGCUUGAAGCGAGGCAAAUUGCAGAGCCGGCAGCUGCGUGAUCCAUGGUGCUGUAUUGCUGUACAAUUGAGGUAGUUGCUGAAGCCAGGUUGGUGUUGUAAGUUGUACUGUUUUAUACAUCAGUGCCCUAGUGUGUGUGACAAACUUCAUGGUUGGUGGCUAUUGAAUUAUGCACAAUGACCCGCAUUUAACUCUAUGAAGUCUAUUAUUGAACUUGUUUCAUGUUCUGGUCAUGUAUCAUGUAUGUAAACAAUUUCGAAGAUGAAUAAAGUUCAUAUAUUAACUACUUCU